AUGGAUUUAGAAACUAAUAAGUUAAUUAAACUGCGGAAAUAUGUUACUACUGAUUAUAAUCCUACUACAGAUUUUAGACUUAAAGUACUAGGUAAAGAUGUUAGUGGAAGCAUAACUACUAAACCUACAAUAUUGUUAUUCAUUUACAGAAACAACUAUUUUUAUCAUAACGCAGAAUUCGUCACGUCUAUCAAGGAUUCUUUAUGUACAACUCAACAGGAAAUUUAUAAAUGCUUAAAACCUCUGAAUUUAAGUGUACACAAUAGUCCUGUAACCGAUUUUUAUGCAGCACAGUAA